AGAGAGGAUGGAGAGGGUGAAGGAGAAAACUAAGGAUGAAGGAGAGGAGAAGGAUGUGGAGAAGAAAAAACAUGAUGGGGGUGUCAAGAGGACGAAAGAAGAGGUGAAGAAGACAGAAGAAGAAAAAACUGGAGAAACAUCAGAGAAAGGAAGGAGGAUGACAAGGAGCACAGAGAGAGAAAAAACAAAGGAUGAGGAAGAAGAGAGGAGGAAGAAAACGGAGAAAACUAGAGAAACUUCUGAAAGAGAAGUGAGGAUGAUGAGGAGAACAGAGAGGGAGAAAUCUAAGGAUGAAGAAGCGAUGACAAGGAGAGAGAGCAAGGAGGUUCAGAAAAGAAAACAUGAUGGAGGUGUAGAAGGAAAGAAAGAAGAGAUGGAGAAGACAGAGGAGGAGAAAACUGGAGAAAAAUCAGAGAGAGAGGCGAGGAUGGACAUGAGAACAGAGAGGGAGAAAACAAACGAUGAAGCCAAGGAGGAGGAGGUGGAGAAGAAAAAACUGAAUAGAGGUGUUGAGAGGAAAACAGAUGAGAUAACGAAGAAGAUGGAGGAGGAGAAAACGGGAGAAAUGUUAGAGAGAGAAGGGAGGACGACGAGGAGCAUAGAAAAGGAGAAGGAAAAAAUUAAGGAUGAAGGCAAGGAGGGAAAAGAAGAGGCAACAAGGAGAAAGAGGGAGGUGAAGAAAAAACAGGAUGGACUUAUAGAACGAACGAAAGAAGAUACGAUGAAGAAGAAGGCAGAGGAGGAGAAAACUGGAGAAGUGUCUGUGAGAGAAGUGAGGAUGAUGAGGAGAACCGAGAGGGAGAAAACGAGGGAGGAAGAAGAGGAGUCGACAAGGAGAGAGGAUAAGAAAAAACUGGAUGGAGGUGUAGAGAGGAAGAAAGAAGGGAUGAAGAAGCAGACAGAAGAAGAGAGAACUGGAGAUACCCUAGAGAGAGGAAGGAGAACGACGAGGAGCAGAGAAAAGGAGAAAACAAAGGAUGACGGAGAGGAGGGAAAGAAGGAAGAAGAAAAGGUGAAGGGGGGAUCUUCUGUGGAGGAGCAGCGACAGCGCCACCUGGCUGCCAAGAGGGAGAGUUUGUUAAAAUCUCUGCGAGGUCUGAUGCAGGAGGGGAGAGGAGCAACGAGGAGGGAGGAGACGAAGAACAAGCAGAAAGUCAGGGACAUGGCAAAGAAGAUCGAGAUCAAAAAGACAGGAAGUCAGAAGAGCACGAAAGACCUCAGAAAGACAGUGACGGAGGAGGAGGAGGAGAGGAAGAUGGAAAAGAACGAGAUGAAGACGUCCGACAACAAGCCAACAGCGGAGAAGACAAAAAGUAAAACAACAGAAGAACUGACCACGAAAGAAAAGCAAAGUGGACAGAACAAGGAAGACCAAAUUAUUGUGGAGGAGAAGAAAAACGAGCGAGCGAUGGAGAAAACAGGGGAGGAAAAGAAGAACGAGGAAACGCAGCAGCAGAAAAAUGAAGAAAAGAAGGAGGAGAGAAAAAUAAUCGGAAAGAUCGUGAAGGCAACACCUGGACAGGGAACAAAGUUUCAGGUGAAGAAGAUGAUGGGAGGAACGCUGGCGGUGGCGUUGGAGGAAGAAAAGAAGAAGAAAGAGGAGAGAACGGACAACAAAAAGAUAGAAGAGAAGAAAAAGAGCUCAGAAAAGGAGAAGGAGAAGAAAUCGGAAGAUAAAAAGAUUGAAAUCAGCCCAGAGGUUGAGAGGGAAUCUGAAAGAACAAGAACAAGGAUGGAUGACAAAAAAGACAAGAACACAACAGAGGUAGAGAAGACGAAGAAGGUCAAUGAUGAAGAGGAGAAAAGAAAGAAGAUCAGUGAAGAUGAGGCGGUGCUGAAAAAGAGUGAAGAAGAACAAAAAUCACAGAGAGCGACUCUGAAAUCUCAGGAGGAGAAGAAGGAGGUGGAAAAAACAAGAGAACAGAAGAAGAAGGAGGAGAAGAGCGAGAAGGAACCGCAGCAGAAAGAUGAGAAAACCACAGAUCAAACAAAGAACACAGAGGACACGGUAAAUCCGAAGAAGGAAAGCGACAAAGCGACUACAGAGAGAGAGGAGGGAGCGGAGCAGACGCCACAAGCCGAAGCAGAGACCAACAAAGCAGCAAAACCAGAGAAGAAGAACGCAGAAGAAAAGACUGACUCAGAUGGAGGGAAGGUGGUGGAGGUGAAGCAGCAGCAGAAGAAGAAGAGUUCGACCAUGACACUGACGGACUCGACUCUGCACAGAAUCCACGGAGACAUCAGGAUUUCUCUGAAGAACGACAAGCCGGACAUCAGGAAGUGUCUGACGGCGUUGGAUCAGCUCAGUAUGCUCUACGUGACGUCUCAACACGUCCAGAGACACAGCGAGCUCAUCGCCACGCUGAGAAAGAUGCGUUACUACAGAGCGAACCAGGCCGUCAUGGACAAGGCCUCCAUGCUCUACAACCGCUUCAAAAACACCUUCCUGGUGGGGGAGGGCGAGGAGGUGGUGAGCGCCGCCUUCCUGCGCUCGCUGCUGGAGGAGAAGGAGCAGGAGGAGGCUGAGAGGGUGGAGCGCUGCAGGAAGGAGGAAGUGAAGGAAGAGAACAAGAGGUUGAGAACUGGCGGAGAAGGGGGGGAACAAGAGGUGCGAAAAGAAAAUGCUCCAGUGGACUUGUCCUGAUGGUUCAGAGUUCCUGAAGUCGUCUGGACUGAACCAUUUCCCUGCUGAGGGGUGUUGAUGUGAAACUGUUUCGCUGACAAUGAGAAUUUGCACAACCAUUUACCUCAUCACACAUUAGUGUUUAUUUCCUGUACAGCUUGUUCAUCUGAGGGUGACGUUCAUGUUCACGUGUCAACUCUCGUAAACGUUCAAUACAGUUAUACUGUUGUAAUGUAGUUGGGUUAUAGACUGACUCGUAUUCACCAGGACAGUGUUUAUUCCUCUUCCACUAAAACACUCAUUUUUAAUUUUGUAUUUCAUAGUUUAAACCAUGUUUUCCACAAAAAGUAAGAACAGGACAGAUGGCUGAUGGGGAGUCUAGUUUUAUUUAUCAUGUGCAUUUUUUUUAUUCAUCAGGUCGAUGUUACAACAGCAGCUUUGAACCUGAAGUUAAAGCAUUAAAUGGCCUCAUUAAAACCUGAACGUUUGUACUCACACUGCUACAGAGGGCGCGGUGCCUUGCUCAUGGACGCGCCGCCGCAGUGAAAAAAGGGUUGUAGCUGUUAAAUGUGACACUCUGUACAGUAAAAUGUUUUAUCGUGUAUUUUAUUGUGACCCAGUGAGAUGUUCCUGUUCUUUCUCGUUCUCUUUAAACGACUGACUCUGUUUUGUACAUUUGUAAUUUUUACCUCCACAAUUUUUUUUAAAUAAAAGUGUUGCACAA